CAUUUUCUUAAUCGAGUCAUAAGGAUUUUAAACUUGGUUAUAACAUUAUUGUUAUUUUCUAAUUUUUAUGCAGUAAUUUCACCUUUGAUCUAUUUUUUUUUUAAUUUUUUUUUAUAGAAACGACCUACCUUGUUAGAAACGAUAUACCUGACAAUUGCAGAAUACAUUACAUGGAUGAGAACGAUAAUAUCAAAUAAAAUACACGAAAUAAAACAAAAAGGUGUAGUGAGAACAUUCUCAGACACCUUUUCAGGGAUAUUUUGGUCAAAUGGUCACAUCUUAUCUUCACCUCACGAAACUCACAAGCCAAUUACAGCAACUCCGAAAACAAAUCCUCAACAUCAAACUGAAGCUGUGAUGCAAACUAGGGGGCUAGGUCUAGUACCCCAACUUAUAGAUGCGGUAUCUUCAAGAAAUGAUAAAGGUUAUGGAAGACCUCAUCAUCGACCAGGAAUGGGGCCGGGGCCAUGGAAUAGUUUUUUUUAUCAGCCAUACGAUCAUCGUAACCCUUAUAGCUCAUUGCCACCAUUCAUGGGAGGUGGUCCUAUUGCCUACGUAGGAUAUCUGCUUUCGAGCGUAUUUUACUAUAUUCAAGAAUUUUUCUAUCGUUUGGUAUCAUAUGGACCUGGUGCUUAUCCUCCUCCGAGAGAAAGACCGAGUCUCUUUCGACCUCCAGGACGUCGUUAUUAUUAGUCAUAUCUACUAUUUUGCAAAGAAAUUCAUUAAUUAUCAAACUAGGAAUAUCAGAUCAGCAAAAAUAUCCGCAGAAACAGAGACAGACAAUUUAAGGAAAUCCUCUACAAAUAAUUAUAGCAUACAUUUUGUACCAAUAAAUU